AUGUCCAUGGCCCUUGGUUUCGGUGGUUGGGUAGCAACUGCUCGUCAAUUGUCUAUCAGUAUGCCCGAAGGUCCUGGUCUCAAAGGAAGUGCAUAUGCAUAUGUUGUGGGACUUGUUGCUGGAUUCAUCGGCUGGGGUGUGCUUGGGGCUAUGGAGGGGGUACUCAGUGGAGUUGUGGAUGCGACGGUUGUCUGUUGGGGAAGUGAGAAAGGAAUGGCUAACGGUGGAGCAUAUUGCUUGGAGGCGGGCUAUUUGUUUGGUGAUGAUAGGGAGUAG